CCUUUUCGAUCUCGUCUUUUUUUCUUUAAGAUUUCAUUUUCUUUUUAUUUUGUCUCUCCAUUUUCUGUCCAUGAAACAGUGUCGGUUGUUUAUUGUCGUUUUACUUUUCGAACAUUGAUUAUAUUAUGUAAUGUAAUUCUUGCUUCAGUCUUAUGUGGUGUGGCCAAAACUGAGAAUCUUUUACCAAGGGAAAUGUUUCUGAUCGACAUUUUAGAUGCAAUCCCGUAGGAUAGGAACUGGGGUUUGUGUUUUUGCAGUAAUUCUUUGAAUUUGGAGAAUAUAGCCGAUCAGAACUACCGUUAUUUGAGAUAAGCGAAAAUGGUUUUCUGGAUUUUUGGCUAUGGUUCAUUGGUGUGGAACCCAGGCUUUGAAUAUGAUGAGAAAGUGAUUGGAUUUAUCAAGGACUACAGGCGUGUCUUUGAUCUUGCGUGCAUUGAUCACAGAGGUACACCUGAGAGUCCUGCAAGAACUUGCACGCUGGAAAAUGUUGAAGGAGCAAUUUGCUGGGGAGCUGCCUAUUGUGUACGGGGAGGUCCUGAAAGGGAAAGAUUAGCUAUGGAGUAUUUGGAGAGGAGAGAAUGCGAAUAUGAUAAAAAGACCCUCGUAGACUUUUAUAAGGAAGGGGAACCCUCACAACCUGCUUUAACUGGAGUUAUAGUUUUCACAUCGACUCCAGACAAGGUGUCAAACAAGUACUACCUAGGGCCUGCCCCGCUGGAGGAAAUGGCUAGGCAAAUUGCAACUGCUCAUGGACCAUGUGGGAACAACAGAGACUAUCUCUUCCUGCUAGAAAAAGCCAUGUUUGCUAUUGGUCAUGAGGACGAGAUGGUGAUAGAACUAGCAAAAGAAGUGAGGAAGGUUCUUGGAAUUACAGGGAAUGGUAUUCCCACUGAGAAGAAGAUAACUGGGACAUCCCCGAAAGCGCUCAUAUCCCAUAUGCCAGUCCAUCAACUUCGUCCACUCCAAGAAGCCGUCGUAAUGGACUCUUGAAAGUCGAAGACCUAUACAUUAGAGAUUAAACCAAGCUUCGUUAGCCCAACCUUUCUGAAUCUUCCGUUGACCUUUCCACACCAGAGGAAGAGCUGUUUUUUAUAGUAGAGUCUGUAGCAGUCUAUCUAGUCUCUUGACAGUGCCACAUCUCUAACCUUCAAUUAGAUUAAGUUCCAAACGGCAAAAGAUGUUUGCUUGUUCUUAUUGGCCAAAUGACAGAAAGUAGAUGGAACAACUUCUUUUAUUCAACCUUUUAUUUCCAAUGAAAAUAACAAGGAAUAAUUCAAUUCCAUUCUUUCA